AUGGUGGGGGAGCCAUUUCGGCCCAUCAGCCCCCAAACUGAGUGGCAGGGCUCCACCUUGGCAGACUUAGCCAAGUCUUCAAAGCGGGCCAGUCGCUACCCGGACAAGAAUGGCCGUCUUCCAACGCCGGCAUACAAGAAGAGGCAAGGUCCCACCAUAGAGGUCCUCGGAGACAGCUUUGCCACAAUCGACGAGGAGGACAGCAGCAGUGAGUCCUCCUUUGGCGAUGGGCCGGAUGAAGCCUUCCCGAUGCCGCGCGGUCCCCGACGCUUGUCCAAGUUUUCUCGGCAUAGUGUGGAUGACGUGCUGAAGAAGAAGACGCAAAGUCUUCUUCCUGACCUGCAACUUGUACUGGAGCGGUUACGCAGUGGUGCAGAAGGCCUUUCUGAAUCUGAGCUGGAGCGCUACAAUGUAGCCUUCUUCCGCUUCAAAGAUCCCGAUGGGCCUGAGAUGCACAAGGAUGAGCUCCCGCACGUGCUGGAGUUCCUGGGGUUUCCCUUGCCAGAUGCUGCACAGUGCCGCGAGAUUGCGGAUGGCUGCGCUGAGUACGAGACGCUUGAAAAGGCGGACUUCAUAACGUUCAUGGAGCGCUACCUUGACUGGGAGCUCCAGCGUUACAAGGAAAUCUUUUCUAGCUACGACGAGGAUGGGAGCGGCUUCCUUGACACCACGGAGCUGAUGACCUUCAUUUCCUCCUUGGGCUUCACGCCGCUACGAAGCAUGGUGAAGGAGGCCUUGAACUUGGUUGACUUGGACCGAAAUGGCCUUCUGGAUUUCGAGGAGGUGGUUCUGCUGAUGCACUGCUACCGGCACACCGAAGGGUUCACCCUUGAUGAGGUGCAGACAUUGUCUGCCAUUUUUACCGACGUGAUCGAGCAAGUUGCGCGGAGAAGAGAAGGCUCUAAUCUCCUGCCUGCAGACAUGCUGGGCGACGUCCUGGUUCAAUUCUUCGGCCCUGCCCAAGCUGCAAAAGCACGGGAUUUGCAGCAGGCCUUCACGAAGUUUGACGAAGAUGGCAGCAAUUCCAUUGACAUGGAUGAACUUCAGAAGGUCAUCAAAACGCUGGGAUAUACCAUGACCAAAUCUACAAUCAGCGAGAUCAAGCAAAUUGCUUUUGCCAGAACCGAUCUCGAAGAUGUCUGCAACAAAACCAGUGCGGAAGUGCUCGAUUCUGAGUCCAUGGAUUAUGACUCCUUCGUUCACUUCAUGCUGAUGUUGCAGCAGUCCGAUGGUUUCUCCAAAGCUGAGAUCCAAGAGAUCAAGGCCACCUUCAAGAAGUUUGACGAGGAUGGCAGCGGGGAUAUCGAUGUCUGCGAGUUAUCUGACAUGCUCCGAUUUCAGGGGCACUACACCAGCAUUGACGAGGUGAGACGCCUGCAUGCUCGCGUGGACUUCAACGGCAGCGGUGCCCUGGACCUGGCGGAGUUCGUGCGCUUUAUGCGGCUACACCGUGAGGAGAUGCUCGAGUCAGUGCGACAGGCCUUCGACACCUUGAAGGAUUUGAGUAGUGGGAUGCUUAGCCCUGAGCGCAUCCCCCUUGCGGUGGCCAAGCUUGACUUUGCCAAUUCCAACGAGGACCGUCGAAUCAAUGUGGAUCCCUAUCUGCCUCAUGUCGCCUUGGACUUUGAUGGCUUCGUCAACCUGUGCGACCAGAUUCGGGAAGCACAAGUCGCGGCGGACCGAAAGCGGGCAGGCUUUUGCGACCGAGACAUUGAGCAUUUCUGGGGGCUCUUCACCUCCUACGACACCAAAAGAUGCGGAGUUCUCACGACGGAAGAAUGCACCAACCUCCUUGCUGCUCUAGGCUUUCAUGUCCGGACGGUGGAGGAGCAGCAGGAUCUCAAAGGGCUGCUGCAGCAGGCGCGGAAUAUCGCAGAAGCUGCGGGGGUUGACAGCCGAAACGACCAGGGAAGCGUGAACUUCUAUGUCCUGUUACAGCUGCUCCAGGCACUCUUCGUGAACCACGAGCGAGAAGCCGAAGCAGAGCUUACACAGGUUGCGGAAGAGGCAGAUUUCAGCAUGAGCGAGGUUACAGAGUUCCUCGACAUCUUUUCCCAGUACUGGGCGGAAGAGCUCCUCCCGGGAGAAGCCGAGAACCCCAAUAAUCGACUGACGAAAAAGAGCAUCACAAGGAGUUCGGUCUACAAACUGCUCCGAGCGAUGGGCAUCCGACUGGACCCUACGCUGAAGGAAACUCUGGACAAGCAGGUUGCUCAUCUGUCAGGUGAGAGGCUUGAUUUCCAUGGUUUCCUCCGUCUCAUGCGAUGGAUGGUGGAAGUCAACUUCGCGAAUAUCAACAAUGGUGGCAAUGCUAAUGGAUGA